GGUGGCGUGGAGAACGCGCGAUCAUGGAGCCGCCCGCCCUGACCGUGAGCGCCGCGGUCCGGGAGCACCUGCGGAAGUUGUGUCUGCACGAGUUCCCGUGCGGCACGGGCAGCUGGAAUAAGUCGCGCUUUCUUCCUCAAACUUGCCGAGCAUGGCGGGAGCUGAUCCCCAGAGAGGAGGACGCUGUGGGCCCCGGGGAGGAGACGGUGGAUGCCCUGCUGGGCCUGGUCUGCAGCCCCCACUCACCCUGGGCCCUGCUGGAGGGCUCAAGCGCUGAGGACCGUUUUCUGAGAGAGCUGGCCGUCCAGAAUCCUCUGAUGCUCAAAGACAGCUUCUUCUACACCUACUUCAGGUCGCUACGGGUGGUGGACAAACAGGUGAGCCUGGUGGACAAAGACCUCCUGAAAUUUGUGAAGCUUGAAGAGUUGGUGCUGAGUGCUAAUCAAAUCAAGGAGAUUGACACCACCAACCUGCCCCCAACUCUCAAGGUGCUGGAGCUCUACGGCAACAAGAUGACCAGCAUGGAGUGUCUGUGCACCCGCCUGCCCCCAAGGCUCCAGCACUUGGGGUUGGGUCACAACAAGCUUCUGGGCCCCCUGGAGAGUCUAUACGUCACCAGUGAUUACUGGCCCAACCUCGUCUCCCUGGACCUGAGCUUCAACGACCUGACGGACCUGCAGGGCACAGUGGCCGGCCUCCGAACGCUGCGGCACCUGAGGUUGCUGGUGCUGCAGGGGAACCCGCUGGCCCUGGUGCCCUGCUACCGGGGCUUCGUCAUCGACAGCCUGUCCGGGCUCUGCGUGCUGGACGACAUCACCGUGGCAUCCAGCGAGAAGCAUCUGUUCCGAGGGCUCAGCCACAGCGGGGAUCUCCUGGCGCAUGAGGCGCGGUUAGUGGUGACUGUUGGACACGUCAGAGGGGUUCUGGACUCCUCGGUCUUGGACCCGGAACCAGGGCCCCAAGGCCCUUUCAUCGCUUACAGCUAUUAUGUAACGUACGAGUUUGUGGAAGAUGAGGAAGGCGAAGGAAAUGAAUACGGCCGCGUUCUGGCUGAGAUCGUCAAGCCCUCUCCCAGCACGGAACAGCUGGGUAAGGACAUUCCCAAAGAGCCCGUCAAAGAGGCUGAAGACUCCGUAGAGUCUGGGCUGGCCUCCCAGUCCCGGUCCGGGGAGCUGGCGGUGUCUGUCGUCUCCGGCGCCUCAGCGCCCUUGCCGCGGUCCAUAGACUCUGCAGAAGAGCUGGCCAAGCUGCGGCCGCGCCUGGAUCCCCGGCUCUGCCCGUCCCCGGGGACAGUUCUCUUUAGCACAGUCCGCAAGCCCUGGUCUGACGUCAUCCCCUGCGACUACAAGAUGCAGCACACGCUCAAGGACCUGGUGCCGCUCAAGGCCUUCCUGCUCUCAGGGACCACCGUCACCAUCGUGGAGGAGAAGAUUCUCUCCUGGCCUGCGGUGCCACCUUCCCCCAGCAAUCCCUCGGCUGCUGAGAAGGGAAAGGGAGAGAAGGACAAGAAAGGGAAGAAGAAAGACAAGAAGGGAAACGAUGGGAAAGACAAAGCGGGCAAAGGGGAGAAAGAACCAGGCAAGGAGCGGAAGGGGAGCAAGAAGAAGAAGGAGCUUCGUCAGGACCUGCGCCAGGACCCGCCCGUCCUCCGGGUGCUGGGCAGUGGCCCGGUGGUCCUGGAGCCCCUGCUCUCCGGGGAGCCAUUCGUGUCCACCAUGUGCAACUUUGGGGUGGUCCGUACCUUGGAGACCGACAGGCUGACGCUUUACAGGGAUUCAAAGAAGAAUAAGAGUAAGAAAGCUAAAAAAGCUGCUCUGGAGGCCGGGAGGUCCAAGACCACGUUGCCGGCAACAUCAGUGUACGAAAGCGACUACCGCCCCGACCCCCUGACGGUGGAGAUCCAGAUCCAGCUGAUCCAGGGCCGCUCGAUGGAGGAGGCGCUUCGGGGGCUCGUCCCGUAGGGCGCGGUAUUAAAGAUUGUUCUGACACCGCGGCUCCGCGUCUGUCCAGCCGCCGCCGCGCGUCCGGGGAGCGGGGUGCUGGCCGGGGCCGCGGGGGGCCUGUUCGGGAGGAGGCCGGAGUG